GCAAUCUGGACAUUGUUUAGAAUAAUGUCUCCCUUUAGAGGUCUGUUGUUUGUGCUGUAGCAGAGCUUGAACUUUUCUUAGGUUGCAAAAGGGGUUAUCUCUCAUUGCAUGGAAAGAACAGAUGUGUUGUCUUUUACCCUUUUCAGCCUCCACCUGCAUUUGAUUAGAGACAGCAGCAGUUCUACAUAUCCCAUUCCAGAAUACCAUGAUGACAUAGCAGCUUCAGACAACAGCGUGACUAGGAUUUUUUUCCCCUAAACCCUUGAAUCACAGAGGAUCUGGCAGCCAGUUACCAUCUGACACUGUUUAUAGCAUAUAUUGUUCGAUCCACUCCCUUACUGAAUCUGCUGUGGGAAUUAAAGCAAGCAGUUUCAAGUCAGAAAGGCAUAUAUCUUAGGAACUUCACUGUGAAACAGAGAAAUAUAACAAAAAACAAUCCUGGCUGCAAAGAUGUAUCUGACUUCUCUUCCUUUCUUCCUUUUUUUUAUCACCGGCAUCUUCUGUCAAUAUGAUUACGAGCCUAACCCAGAUUUUUCUUAUUAUUUUUCAAUGUUAGAGCUAUCAUCGGUCUGUGCCCCAGAAUGUCAUUGUCCUAUAACUUACCCCUCAGCCAUGUAUUGUGAUGAUCUUAAACUGAAGAGUUUCCCCAUUAUUCCUAAAGGAAUCAAAUACCUGUAUCUCCGCAAUAAUCUGCUUGAAGGCAUAGAAGAUAAUGCUUUUGAGAAUGUGACAGAUCUGGAGUGGCUAAUCCUAGACAAUAACCAACUGAAAAAUUCUAAUAUUAAAGGCAAAGUCUUUGCCAAAUUAAAGAAUUUAAAAAAGCUGCACAUCAAUCACAACAAUUUAACUGAAGUUGUUGGGCCACUUCCCAGCACUCUGGAUGACCUGCAACUCACUCAUAACCAGAUUUCCAAAAUCACUCCCAAUACACUUGAGGGACUAGUGAAUCUGACUGUCAUUCACCUACAGCACAAUGAACUGACUGAAGGUACACUCUCUGGAGUUUUUAAAGGCUUAAAAUCACUUUUGUAUCUGGACUUGAGCAAUAAUAAACUGACUAAACUGCCUACAGGACUGCCUAAUAAUUUAUUGAUGCUGUAUUUUGAUCAUAAUCAGAUUAGUGGCGUUCCUGAUCAGUAUUUCCAAGGUUUAAAAGUACUGCAGUAUUUACGUCUUUCUCACAAUAAACUGACAGAUUCUGGAAUACCAAGCAAUGUAUUCAAUAUCUCUUCACUUGUGGAGCUGGAUCUCUCCUAUAAUCAGCUAAAGAACAUUCCGACAGUCAAUGAGCACCUUGAAAACUACUACCUCCAAGUCAACGAAAUUACCAAAUUUUCAGUGAAAAGCUUUUGUAAGGUUGUCGGGAUACUGGCCUAUUCCAGGGUAUCUCAUCUGCGUCUGGAUGGAAAUAAUAUCACAAGAGAGGAUCUUCCACAGGAAACGUACAACUGUCUCCGAGUGGCCACUGAAAUUUCUUUGAAAUGAGUUGUACAACACUUUCUCUCAUGAUGCUUUACACACCAUAGUAAUACUUUAGUACUAAAAUGUCACCUGGGAUAAGAUCAUUUGUUUUGUUAAUAAACAGCAUUAUUGUGUGGCUGGGUUUUUUUUUUAUGUGUAUAUGCUAGAAUGCCUGUGAUGCAGAUUUGUUUUUUUUAUAAAGCUAGAAAGUCCCAUAGAUUGUGGACAAAAAUGUUCUUAUGUUUAUUUCUUAGAUUGUUUUAUUCACACAGCUAUAUACAGCCUGAGUUUGAAAAUGUUUUUUUAAAAAAGCACUGGUGUAUACUCACAAUAAACUCUUACCACUCUCCUUGUGGGUGUGAACUUCUACUCAGGUUUGAAAUCAGGCAUUUUCUCAUCAAAAUAGUAUAUUUAGUACUUAGGGCUGGACCAGAUAUGUACAGUAGUUCACACUUUGAAAUAAAAUCUCUCCUGUUUUAUUACAUUACAUAAAACAAUAAUUCAACAUAACUAUCUACUUUCUUUAUAUAUAAAGGAAAAUAAAAUUAAAUAUUACAUCAGCAUAUCCAUGCGAAGAAUUCAGAAAAUAGCGUCAUUUUAAAGUUUUUAUUUUAUUAAUGCAUUUUAUUUUGUUCUAUUGAGGUCAGUUUAAAACUUUAAAGGAAUGGUUAUUUUACAGUAAAAAUACUAUUAUUGUUAUACUCUUAUUUCUGCAUGCUAUAUUAAAUGACUUUAGAAAAUAAAAACAGCAAAUGAAAAA